UCCUGAUUUAGUUGAAUCAUGUUGUAGUUAUCUCAUUCAAUACAUUCAGUUACUACAGGUGCGAAUACAAUUAUUUUGAGUGUAAUAAUCGCUUUAACAAUAUGAACUGAUUUUAUUCAAUCUAUAAAAGCGCGCACGGCGUGUGCAAAAAACAAUAUGUUAUUCGAAAAAUUGAGUUCAAUGUUUUUCUCAAUUUAUCAAUCAUGAAGUAUUUUUUAUGUUCAUCCCCAUCUUAUAAGGGUGUCAACUUUAAUUUCUCAAAUGGCAACACAUAUAAUAAACUAGCUUAUUUAUCAGAUAAUGAUUUAAUUAAGAAAAUGACUGGUCAAUAACAACUUUUGGACCUGUAUUUAGAAAAGUUAUUAACAAUUAAAAUUAAUAACGCCAUCAUGGCAAACUUCUACGAAGAUGGUUUCUCCAUCAACAAUUCAUUACAAGAAAUCUACUUUGAAAUAAAUAUAAAUCUAUUAAAUUGCUUAUCAGAAUCGCCACAAUAUGGCAGUAGUAUCACAAGUAGCCAAACCAAGUUGCUUGUUGCUCAAGAGCAACGAAGCAACCAGUCCAUUCUCUUCUAAAGAAAUAUGUAAACUAAAUGAUACUGAAUGGGAUAAAUUGACAAGGAGUGAUAUGGCUGGAAAACUGCUGGAAUAUUUGGAUAAAUUAUAUGAUACAAAUAAUGGACCUGAAUCUAUAACAGAUUGGUUGAAUGAAGAAAAAUUUAUUGAUAUGCCUAUGUUUGAUGAUAUUAUGACAAAUACUAUACCAAAUCACCUCGAAAUGAAAUCAGUCGAGUAUGAUAAAUUUGUACCAUCAAACAAAGAUUUACCAUAUCAACCUUAUAACUCUCAGCAGUUCACCCCAAUAUAUUGUCCUCAAACUAAUAUGCAAACCAAAUUCAAUUAUAUACCUCCACCUUCCCUGACUCCUCCAACAUCAUUAACUCCACCUGAAAGCCCUAAAGAUACUGAUGUUCUUAUGUCAAUGUUAGAUGAUAUGCAACCUGAAGAACUUACUCAAUUAGUAGUUGAUGAUGAUACUCUAUCUGAUUUCAUGUCGUCUUCUGAUACUAGCAGUUAUACUGAUUCUUACAGUGAAUUUGUACCUACUAAAAGAAUUAGACCAUCUUCAGUUUCAACACCAACUGAAGAAAAACGCCAACGUAAAAAAGAGCAAAAUAAGAAUGCGGCUACUAGGUACAGAAUGAAAAAAAAAGCAGAGAUAAAAGAAUCGGUUAUGGAAGAAAAAGAGCUAGUUCAAAAAAAUGAUAACUUGAAAGAAGAAGCAAAAGAACUAGCUAGAGAAAUAAAAUAUUUGAAAUCAUUGUUGCGGGAUGUCUACAAAGCUAAAGGUCUUUUAGAUUAAAUUCAAACUUUUAUAACUUUCAAGAUCUGAUCAAAAUUUUUCACUGACUUUUACAAUAGUUAAAAGUUGUUAAAUAAAUUCACAUAAUUUUCUUUUUUUAAUGGAGCUUUAAUUAUAAUUAAAACCUCUAAAUCAUUUAUAUGAUGUGGAUAAGCUAUAUAAUCAGUGUUCAGCCAUUAUCUUUUUGUAAAUAUAUCCUUAUUUUAUUUUAAAAUAAAAACUAUCAUAUUAUGAAUAAAAGUUUUUAAAUUAACAAUUAUUUGAUUAAUAAUAAUUAAGUAUAAAAUUAAGUUUUUUUUUUGUUUUUUUUAUUAUAGUUUUAUUAUUGAUUAAACUAAACAUUAGUAACAAUUUACAUAUGUGGUAUAUAUUUAUACGGAUUUAAUUAAUUUUAUUUACCACUUCAUAUUAUUCAUUUUUAUUAAAUAUAUUUCAAAUUUAAAUGAAAACAUAAAGUUGAUAUUUUUUAUUGUACAUUUAUAUUUUUAAAAACUAUUAAUG